AUGAAAGCUAUCUAUCACGAACAAGAGCAUCUAGUUGCUUACGUGGAAACAACAGUAACUGGAGUGAAUGAAGAUAGUUUACGUGAAAAUUGCUCAUUGACCUUGGCGUCCUAUAUGGUUCCAUCAUUAUUCAUAAUUCUACAAAAGUUUCCCUUGUCAUUGAACGGAAAAGUUGACCGGAAAUCGCUUCCAUCGCCUGACUUUGCUCUGCUAACAAAAUUGGUUGACGCAGAUGCGGAAGCAAGGAAUCCAAUGGAAGUACGUGUGCAUCGAUUGUGGUGUAAGGUUUUCUAUCUGCCGAAAAUACCUGCCAACAGUUCUUUCUUUUCUCUACACGGUACAUCCUUAUUAUUUAUGAAAUUAUACAAUUUAUAUCAAACUGAAUUUGGUAUGGCGCCGGAUAUAGUGACAUGUCUACAGCAGCCACAUAUCAAUGAACAUGCUCGACUUUUGACAGAUUUAAUCAAUUCAACUUUAAAUCCACGUUAUGAACCAUGGUCCAGCUUGCAUGUUGAUCAAGGCGAUGUAUCAUUUGCUCAAUCGCGAAUAUAUCUCGAUGAACAAAUUCGUUUUCAAUCAUCGGAUAAGACGACGACAGCAAUCUAUAACCUCCCUCUUCUAUGUCGUUUGUCACAAUCAUUUAUCUCGAUUAUCCGUCUCCGAGAAACUCUGCAGGAAAUCACCGAAAAACAUGCUGUUCUCCGCACAUCUAUACAAUUCGACUCUGAAACUGGUCAUUUAAAACAAUCAGUUCUACCCACUUCUCUCCAGGAUUGCUUUACUUUUGAAAUGAGUAUCAUCGAUAAUGCUGAUGAACUAAAAGCAAUUUUCAAUGAUGAAUUAACCAGUCGGAAUUAUUUUGAUAUUGAACGUGGACGAGUUUUUCGAUGUCAUAUCAUUCGCCAACGUUCGACGAUGUGCAACAACGCCGACUUGCUGUCGAUCGGAGAUUGGAUUAUUUUCAAUUUUCAUCAUAUCGCCUUUGAUGGAGAAUCCGAACAAAUCUUUCUCGACGAUUUCCAUCAAUUUUACAAUCGACAACAGCACAAACAAGAAUUACUACAAUACAUUGACUACUCCAUGCAUGAGAGGCAAAUCAAUAUGACGGCAGCUAAACUGUAUUGGCGUCGAAUGCUAAAGAACUAUGAUAUUAUGAAAUCGAAGAUUUUACCAAUAAAUCAAAAGACAUCAUCUGGUGAUGGUCUUGCAAUUGAAAUACUUUUAACUAAUGAUAUUGUUAAACAACUCAUCGAAUACGCUUCUUCGUGCAAUGCUACUCUGUAUCAGGUAUGUCUGACACUUUACUAUGUGUUCUUACACAAACUAACUGGUGGUCAACGCGAUAUCCUUAUUGGUAUCGUACAAGCCAAUCGAUAUCGUCCGGAACUUCGCCGUAUUAUUGGUAUGUUCGUCAAUACAUUACCGAUAGUUAUCCGGAUCGAUCCGUGCGAUACAUUUGAUCAAGUACUUUCGAAAGUGAAAACUGUGAUUUUUGAAUCACAACCGUAUUCGAACUUACCCUAUCAAGAUAUCAUUGAGCAACUAUACAUGAAACGAGUUCAUGAACGUAAUGUCGUUCAGACGAUGUUUACUUUGAAUGACUAUGACAUAACAAAAUCUCGUUCCAGUCAAACGCCGAUCGUUGAACCUCAUUCCAUCUAUGAUUUAUUUGGAGUGCCAAUGAAUGUGCCUGCUAUGUUCGACAUGGAAUUGUCAAUGGAAUAUAUCACCAAAACACAAUCCUUAAGAGCGAAUCUCAUUGUUUCCAGUGAUCUUUUCGAUUCAUCAGCACUGACCAAAAUGGCUGGACAAUUUCAACUACUUGUCGAGCAAUUGUUUCCACCCAUACCUAUAGGCAUAUCGCCCAUAAUAUCAUCAAUCUGUGAUCUAUCGAUAAUCUUACCAGAAGAAAUUCUUCCGUGUGAUUCAGCAAAAACAAACGGUUUUAACGACUGUGAUUUGAAAAUGAAUAUUCGUCUUCUAUCAUUCGUCUAUCAAAUUACCAAUGGAUACCUUUCCAUUGAGCGUCUUCGACGUGCUCUUCAAUAUAUGACUCUCAAACACAAUCUCUUUCGAAAAUAUCCAUUUAAAUCUAUAGAUGUUCAAAUUGAUAUCUUCGAUAUGUUUUCUCAUAUUUCGUAUUCAAACAAUACCAACGAAUGUAUUUUUCAUGUUCAUGUAUUUAAACAUGAGAGCAUCAACGCAGAUCUUCUCGCAGAACAAGAUGUUAUUAUUUUUAAUUUCCAUCCCUGCAUUGUCCAUGUAUUCUCAAUGAACAUCUUCUGUCAAGACCUUUUGCUUGCAUAUGAAUGUGAAACAACACUGACUACGAAUAGCACAGUUGGAUAUGCUUUUUGGAAUGAAAUCAUGUUUGAUUACCACUGGAAACCAUUGUUUAACUCAACAAAAGACAAAGCUACUGAUUGUGUUUUUACCGCUGGUGCCAUAUUGGAUGCUGAUCUUACACAGAUGAUUCUGAGCUAUGUUUCAACUUCAAAAACAUCGCUAUUGCAUGUAUUGCUAACAUGUUACUAUAUAUUUCUCUUCAAACUCGUUCCUGAUCAAACUGACUUUUGUAUUGGAGUAUCAGCUGAUAAUCAAUUCCAUCAAAUUCCACUGCGCUUUCAUCUCAAUCCAAGGAAAAGCUUUCAUUCCUCUUUACAACGAAUCACUACGCUCUAUCAAAAAAGUUUACAAUAUGCCAUGCAUAUUGCUCCACAGUUUGCACCACCACCAUCCACUUAUUUAGACAUCGUUUUCAAUUUCAAGGCUAAUUCUAACGGAAAACACAGUUUUAAUACAAUUCGAUUUCCAAAUGCUCAACUACAACAAAUCCCUCAUCUUUCACAUCAAAAUGAAGGCUUUGAUAAUCACCUUGUUUCAUCAAAAUUUGAUUUCUCUUUAACAUUCAUUCAUGAUGAGCAGCUCAACACUCUCCAAUAUCAAGUCCAUGCAUCAGCUCAUGUUUUCGAUCAAUCGACAACACAACAGCUAUCUCAACGAUUUCAACGCCUCACCCAUCAACUAUUUACUUCCUUCGAUCUCAACAUCCAACCCAUCUAUCAGCUUUCCAUCAUUCUACCUCAUGAACAUGCCCUUCUCAAACACUUUCACCCCCUACAAACUCACUCUCAAAAGCCCACUUCGACAACAAUCCCACACCUGUUCAUUCAACAAGCCAUAAAAAAUCCUCNAAUGUCAUCUGUUGAAUACGUAUGGUCCUGCCGAGAUCACGGAAACGGCGACAUGUUAUGA